UUACUAUUUUUUUUUUCUUUGCAUCAGCCUGAAACUAAAACUGCAGGAAAUAUGGUCAGCAUCAGUUUGCAGCACACUGAAGAAAAUCAACACAGCUGGAGUUAAAGUGUUUAAGUGAUCAAAAAUCUUCAGUUCCAUCCUCCCUCUGUCCUCGGCCACCUCACUGGUGUUUUUCCUACCUGAAGGUUUUCUAUCAGUCCGCGCAGACUGAUAGAGUCUCGGCUGAACUAAUGUCGUCUGUUGUGGCUCCAGAAAAAUCAGUCGCCAAUGCCACGGGCCCAAAAGAGUUGGAGCUGAUCCUCAUAAAAGAACAGAACGGGGUCCAGUUUACCUCAACUACUUUAGUGGCUCCGACAGUGACUCAGACCAACACCAGUGGAGAGGAGGAGAGGGAGACAUGGGGAAAGAAAAUCGACUUCCUUCUCUCUGUGAUUGGGUUUGCUGUGGACUUGGCCAAUGUCUGGAGAUUUCCCUACCUCUGCUACAAGAACGGAGGAGGUGCAUUCCUGGUGCCGUACUUGUUCUUCAUGGUGAUAGCGGGCAUGCCUCUGUUCUACAUGGAACUGGCUCUUGGACAGUACAACAGAGAAGGCGCAGCCGGAGUGUGGAAAAUAUGUCCCAUAUUUAAAGGUGUUGGCUUUACAGUGAUCCUAAUUUCCCUCUACGUUGGUUUCUACUAUAAUGUCAUCAUCUCCUGGGCACUGUUCUACCUGUUCUCCUCGUUCACCAGCGAACUGCCCUGGGUCCACUGUAACAACACCUGGAACAGCCCUAACUGCUCCAUCUGGGCAGACAACAGCACAGUCAGUGACAUUUACAAAGCCACCCCUGCUCAGGAGUACUUUGAACGAGGGGUGCUCCACAUCCAGGACAGCAAUGGCAUUGAUGACUUGGGUCUGCCACGCUGGCAGUUAACCUCCUGUCUCUCAGUGGUAAUUGUUCUGCUCUACUUCAGUCUGUGGAAGGGAGUCAAGACUUCUGGAAAGGUUGUGUGGAUCACAGCCACCAUGCCCUAUGUGGUCCUGACUGUGCUGCUGCUCCGGGGAGUCACUCUGCCUGGAGCCAUCGAUGGCAUUAAGGCUUACCUCUCUGUGGACUUUCUUAGGCUCUGUGAAGCCAAGGUCUGGAUUGAGGCGGCGACACAGAUCUGCUUCUCACUGGGAGUGGGCUUUGGUGUGCUCAUCGCUUUUUCCAGCUACAACAAGUUCAGCAACAACUGUUACAGAGAUGCAAUCAUCACCUCCUCCAUCAACUCUUUGACCAGUUUCUUCUCGGGUUUCGUGGUCUUCUCCUUCCUGGGGUACAUGUCCUACAAGCACAAUGUGGCUCUGGACAAAGUUGCCAGAGAUGGUGCUGGGUUGGUGUUUGUCAUUUACCCAGAAGCCAUUGCAACUUUACCUGGGUCAUCAGUGUGGGCGGUUAUCUUCUUCAUCAUGCUGCUGACAUUGGGUAUUGACAGUGCUAUGGGCGGGAUGGAGUCAGUGAUCACGGGGCUGAUUGACGAGUUCAGAUUCCUCCACAAGCAUCGAGAACUCUUCACUCUCUUCAUUGUGGUGUCCACCUUCCUUAUAUCACUCUUCUGUGUUACAAAUGGUGGAAUGUACGUGUUUACUCUGUUGGACCACUUUGCAGCGGGAACAUCAAUUCUCUUUGGAGUGCUUAUUGAAGCCAUCGGCAUUGCAUGGUUCUAUGGAGUAGACCGGUUCAGUGAUGACAUCGAGGAGAUGAUUGGUCACAGACCCGGUAUGUACUGGAGGCUGUGCUGGAAGUUUGUCAGCCCCUGCUUCCUCCUGUUCAUGGUGGUGGUGAGUUUUGCCACAUUCAACCCUCCAAACUAUGGCUCCUACAUGUUUCCUACAUGGGCUAAUGUGGUAGGCUGGUGUCUGGCCAUUUCAUCAAUGACGAUGGUGCCUCUCUACGCUAUCUACAAGCUCUGCAUUUUGCCUGGGAAGUUAUGUGAUAGGCUGGCUUAUGCCAUCACCCCAGAGACAGAGCAUCAUUUGGUGGACAACGGGGAAGUUCGGCAGUUCACGCUGCAUCAUUGGUUGGUGAUCUGAAAGUUACAAUAACACACAAUCAGAGAGAGAGAGAGACAGAGAAAGAGAGAGAGAAAACACUCUGAGAGGACGUUAAAGGCAAAGCAUUGACAAGCUAAGACAGAAAUAACCUUU